UGACAGGACAGGAGCCUAGCCUUUGCCAGAACAAAAAGGAGUCUACAGCCAAACAAGACAAGACCGGGACACCACGCCACCCGACCACCGCCUGACCGCCAUGUCGCUCCGGCGACUCCUCUCCGCCGCCGUCUCCGCCAACCUCCGACGCUCCCUCUCCACCGCCACCUCCUCGCACCCACCAUGGGCCAUGAUUGACUACACGUCGCGCGUCGACCAAUCAUCGUCGGCGCCGACCCCAUGCUUCCGCCCCCUCGAGCCUCCGGGCGUCUCAACCAUCUCCUCCCCGGCGCACCUCCUCAACCCCAGGGAACGCCCCGCCCCUGGCAGCAACUUCGUCCAGCUCCUUGGCGGCGAGGUUCGCGCCGCAAGCGGCGACGGCCACCUUCUCCUCAACUACCGCGAUCUCCGAGCGGAGGCGCCCUGCACCUCCUGGGAUCUAUGCAUGGACAUGGAAAUCCAGCACUUUGUCUGCAACCCUCUCAGCGGCCAGAUGCUCAGGCUGCCGGACAUCGGAGGCUCCAGGACGACCCUUCUGGACAACCACAUGGGGAUCCUCACCCAGGCCGGUGGCGGGCGCCGGCACGGGCGCGGGCCGCCUGACAGGUUCGCCGUAGCCGAGCUCGUCAGCCGAGGCGGCACCCUUCUGCGGUUUCUCUCGGAUGAAGGGAAGUGGAACACGGUGGUGAUGGGCAUACGGCGCCGAUCAAUGCCGCCGCGCAAUAUGUCGCUAAACCAAGAGACGGUUGCCUUCGGCGGCCGGCUGUGGUGGGUCGACCUGACCUUGGGCGUCAUCUCCCUCGACCCGUUCCGCGACACGCCGGAGAUCUUCUGCACCCUGCUGCCCAGCCGCAGCGUGCUGCCUGCACGCGCACCCACGGAGACUGCAGAUUUCAGCAAGGACGAGGAAACUGCCAAGUACAUGAGGGAGGUGGCCAAGUACCGGCGCGUUGGGGUCAGCGAGGGGAGGCUGAGGUACGCCGAGCUCACUCCGGGCGGGCCAUUUCUGCUCAGCUCGUUUGCGCUCGACGACGAGGGCCGCGCCUGGACGCUGGAGCAGCAGGUGGAGCUCAGAAAGGUCUUGGCGGAUGGAGGCUAUCCCGUGCGGCACAACUCGGCGGCGCCACAGAUCGCCGUCCUCGACCCUCUUAACGCCUGCGCCGUGCAUCUCAAGGUCGGCGACCACGUCGUCGUCGUGGACAUCCACAAGGGGAAGGUGAUCGGGGCAUCUCGGCUGCAAGAUGACUACUCUUCUCUUGUACCAUGUGUGCUUCCGCCGUGGCUUGGAGCAAGCCGGAUCCCUACAACAGGCAAGAAGGAUGACAUGGAAGCGCCAGAUGAUCUGGUUAUUUGCCUCUAGAAGUGGUGAAUGAAUAUCAAGCUAACAGCGAUUCCUGGAACUAAUAGUUGCAGGGCAGCAGGCGGUAGUUUGUCGAACUCUCAUUUUGGAGAAAAUCUGGAGAAGGUUCAGUUUAUUGUAGUUUGUCUAUGAUUUAUCUCGUUUUGGGCGAAAUCUGGCAGUCGUUUCAUCAGUCACAUUGUGACAUUUCAGUAGAACUAAAUUAAACCAGCAUGUAACGACUACCCCAUAACAAUAUGGAUGCUAUGCUUAUUUGCAUGACAAUGAGCUCAUCUUUUUUCUUCAA